UGUGCUGCUCGUUACAGUAGACAGCUGUUUGUUUGUGUCAGACACUUCGUGAUAUAGCAGUCCUUUUUUUUUCAUUUCAAUGUAAGUGGAUGGAAACUGAAAGCAUAACUCCGCUGUGUUGGUGCACGAGGGCGUGUCUGAGACUGUCCACGGGAGCCGCGCAUUGCAAGCAUGGCAGGUCGUGGAGAGACCGACUGUCCGCUGAGUGCCCUGGCGCCCGCCAAGCUCAUAGAGGAAGUGGGAGAAACGUGUGCCACAGACUCCUCCGCCACCCUGGACUGUGCCAUCUGCCUGCAGAGCUGCAUCCACCCGGUGCGCCUCCCGUGCCUCCACGUCUUCUGCUUCCUGUGUGUGAAAGGCGCCUCCUGGCACAGCAAGCGCUGUGCGCUCUGCCGACAGGAAGUGCCGGAGGACUUCCUGGAGCGGCCGGUGCUCCUCUCGCCCGAGGAGCUGAAGGCCGCUGCUGCGGGGGGGAACAGGAGUGGAGGGACGGGCGGCGGCUCCAAUGCGUGGUACUACGAGGGGCGCAACGGUUGGUGGCAGUACGAUGAGAGGACCAGCCGUGAGCUGGAGGAGGCCUUCGCCAGGGGCAAGAAGAGCACGGAGAUGCUGAUCGCGGGGUUCCUUUAUGUGGCCGACCUGGAGAACAUGGUGCAGUACCGACGGAAUGAGCACGGCCGCCGGCGCAAGAUAAAGCGGGACGCUGUAGACAUCCCCAAGAAGGGUGUGGCGGGACUGAGGUUAGACCCUGAACCUGCUGCACCCACCACGGCUCUACCAGUUGUCACCGAAACCGCAACAGAACGCGUCAGCUCAGCUGACGGAUCGGACACCGCAGGCCAGUCACAGGCUUCGUCGUUUGGGAUUUUGUCCCUUCCCCCCGUGAGACCUCCAACACUCCUCGGCCGCCCUCUCACCAAUCCUCUCUCUCCCUCGCUCACAGCGAUGGAAGAGUCUUUCUCCCAGUUCCUGAUUAGCCAACCAGAGGGGGAGGAGGUGGAAGGAGACGACGAGCUCCACACAUACGAGUGUGCGUCCGGCAACAGCGAGAGUGACGAGGAGAGGGAGAUCGAGAGAGGGAGAGCAGGAUCCCCACUACGGAGAAGACAUAGACAAAGACCACUGAGAGAGAGCCAGCCGGCCAGGAUGCCUCCCAGGGGUGGGCCCUCCAACUCUUUGAUCAGUCUCCGCUCACGUAGUCCCGACGGACAGUGCACUGUGACAGAGGUGUGACUGCAAACUGAACAGUUUUGUCUGUCCUCCGAAUAACAGACCUUAAACUAUUAUCAGUUUCGCAAAAAAAACAAAACUAUUAUGUACCUUGUAAAGGUCUCUUAAAAUGGAUAAACCCAUUUAUUGUAGUGAAACAUCUGUCACUGGGUGGAUUGACCCCCAUGGAUAAUGUGCCACAUAUGAUCCUAAAAUGCAACUCACUAGUUGUUAUAUCAGAAAAAAAUUCUUGUUAUUCAAACAGUCUCCAUCUAGUUGAUUAUAAUCACCCUUUCUUUCCAACCUGCAGGUCUAGAAAGGUAACCAGCAGUAGCAGCCAUGGCAGAGGGUCACUCCCGGGUGCUUGGAUGUUAGUUUGAUGGCUCUUUGCACUGCUAAUAUUUUUCAGUUUUUACUACCUGUCAAGACUGUCAAGGUUACUCUGUUGGACCUUUAACACUUCUCUUUGCUUUUAGUUAAAUACUUUUUUCAGCCAGCAAUAAGAGGCAAUGCUAGUCAUGCAAAUCUCUCAGCAACUGUCAGACUGUCAAAUCUACCAUCCGUCACAGCGUAUACAUUGGUUUGUGACGGCGCAAUACAACAAAACUACUCCCCUAUGUUCCCUUAUCUGCAGCAACUGAAUGAUUGAUUGUUUUAUUCUUCUCUUUCGGAGCGAUAGUAUAAAAAAUCUAGCUUCGAUGUAGCACCUUACGUACCAGUUGCAGCUGGUUAAAAACGGCUCUUCCCGCUUUGCUGAUUUGGUUUAUUGAAGUAAUGAAGUUUAAAUCAGGACCUAAUAAUCAACUAUUUAAACUGAAGUUUGUGUGGGUAUAUGUGUGUUUACGAAGGAGACGCUGUGUUUUCUUUCUUUUAGUGUAAAAGUCUUGUUUUAAUAAUGACCUGUUUGUUUUGUGUUGAUGUUGGGUGCUAAAAAGCUACUGGCAAGAACCACUGGAAAGCAUUUGGCUAUAUAUACGUAGAGAGAGACAUUUGGAUUUCUAUUUCUUGUCGCAGUACUCUCGAUAGGGCCGCUAUCUACGCACUGACGUUGACAUGUACUUGGACCAGCACUCGCUGUCCCCACACGCUCCGUCUUCUCCUCCUUUCGCUCCAGCUGCUAAUAUUUUAACUGUGAACUCGUCAUAGUUGGUGUCUUCAGUCCUCUGUCUCUGUGGCGUGGCCCCUGUGGUGGUGGUGUUGUCGAGUUAUUAAAAGUGUGUAUGUGUGACUUAAA